AUAAUUACAAGAGAAAUGUCAGCAAAACGGGUGUUCGACAAGUUCGACAAGAACAAAGACGGUAAACUCUCACUGGACGAGUUUCGUGAAGCAGCUCUUGCUUUCUCACCUAACUUUUCUCAAGAGGAUAUCGCAAAGUUUUUCAAAGAGAUAGACGUGGAUGGUAAUGGCGAGCUUAACGCCGACGAGUUUACUUCAUGCAUCGAGAAGAUGUUGAAGGAAGUGUUUGAUUUUUGUGAUGUUGACGGUGACGGCAAGAUACCGGCCAGUGAGUCAUAUGUGACAAUGACUAGCAUCGGAAUGACAUGCACCGAGGAGAGUUGUGCAGAAAAGGUUCGAGCGGUGGAUGCAGAUGGUGAUGGCUACUUGAACUUUGAGGAGUUUAUGGCUUUGGUAAUUGGUGACAUAUGAUGAAUCAGACUAGUAUAUUGCUUUGUUUCGUGUUUGGGCGUAUGUUUUUUUUUCUGUUUAUUCUAAAUAAUAAAAAGGUUUAUUGAUGUUUAGUUUCAUAUAAUUUAUUACAAACAAUAAAAGGUCUAUUGAUGUUUAGUUUCAUCAA